GGCGCAGCGCUGGGGUUUGGGGUUCCGGGUCGGCCGCGCAGCAGCCGGACCGGGGCAGUGGGAGGUAGCGACUCCGCUCCCGGGCCACAUGGCUGAGAGGAACGCAGGGAACGACCAGAGGCAGAAUGAAGAAAUUGAAGCACUGGCAGCCAUUUAUGGCGAGGAAUGGUGUGUCGUUGAUGAACGGGCCAGAGUGUUUUGUAUUAGAGUUAGCGAUGACAAAGAUCAUCCCAAAUGGACAAUUUGCUUGCAGGUGAUGCUGCCGAAUGAAUACCCAGCUACAGCUCCACCUAUUUAUCAAUUGAAUGCUCCUUGGCUUAGAGGGCAAGAACGUGUGAAUAUAUCCAACAACCUUGAAGAAAUAUAUAUAGAGAAUAUUGGUGAAAGUAUUCUUUACCUGUGGGUGGAGAAAAUAAGAGAUGUUCUAAUGCGAAAGUCUCAGCUGACAGAACCAGGCCCAGUUGUACAGAAGAAAACUGAAGAGGAAGACGUUGAAUGUGAAGAUGAUUUCUUUUUAGAAUAUGAUCCAGAAAAUCCAUACAAAGCAUUUGAUUAUGACUUCAGUGAAAAUCAACCAGAAAUAAAAGAAUUACCUCCAAUUGAUCAUGGCAUUCCUAUCACAGACCGAAGAAGUACUUUUCAGGCACACUUGGCUCCAGUAGUUUGUCCUAAACAGGUGAAAAUGGUUCUUGCCAAGUUGUAUGAGAAUAAGAAAAUAGCUAGUGCCACUCACAACAUCUAUGCCUAUAGAAUAUACUGCGAGGGUAAGCAGACCUUCCUGCAGGACUGUGAGGAUGAUGGGGAGACAGCCGCUGGCGGACGUCUUCUCCAUCUCAUGGAGAUUUUGGAUGUGAGGAAUGUCAUGGUGGUAGUGUCACGUUGGUAUGGAGGGAUUCUGCUAGGACCAGAUCGCUUCAAACAUAUCAACAACUGUGCCAGAAACAUACUAGUGGAGAAGAACUACACAAGUUCACCUGAGGAAUCAUCUAAGGGUUUGGGAAAGAACAAAAAAGUAAAAAAGGACAAGAAGAGGAGUGAACAUUAAUACUUGAAACUACGCAAAAGAUUACUCUGCCUACCAUUACAUAUACAUUCUGUAGUCAUCAAGGAAUAUAUUGUGCAGAGAGUGUAUCUUUGACUGCUCCACUCAGCCAGUUCAUUGUGGACACCAGCAUUAUCUUUUCUUCUUUGGUUACAUCAUCUGCCAAAAAUAGAGAAGCUAUGAUAUAUUCAUAUGUGUUGUGGGCUUAUUUGGGAAAAUCAGUUUGAACCUAGUCACUGUUUCAUCUAAUUUUAGGAAGGUAGCAGUUGCCCAGGGCAGUACCUGAAUUAACUGUCCUUUUCAGUACAUGCCAAGUGCCUUUGUUAGGUGGGGAAGAAAUGUCUCCUGAGGAAAAUAAGUACCUGAUUUUUUUGUCAUAGAGAUUCUCAUACUGCUAAAUGAAUAUUGCCUUUUACUGCUCUUUAUGGUUUAUUGGAAUAGGAGCUCAUUAAAGAUUUAUCUUUGAGAGUU